AUGAGCACCAAGAACAUUGAGCAUAGUGUCUAUAGCCUAGACGUCAUUCAUCUGGUGGCUCAGGUGGUUCCAAUUUAUGCUGUUUCCCACCUCUUUGAAGCGCUUGCUUGCACGAGUGGUGGCGUUCUGAGGGGGAGUGGAAAUCAGAAGGUGGGAGCCGUCGUGAAUGCCGUUGGGUACUAUGUGGUGGGCCUCCCCGUCGGAAUCGCACUGAUGUUUGCAACCAAACUUGGAGUGAUGGGUCUGUGGUCAGGGAUCAUCAUCUGUACAGUCUUUCAAGCUGUGUGUUUUCUAGGCUUUAUUAUUCAGCUGAAUUGGGAAAAAGCCUGUCAGCAGGUGACUAUGUUCAUUCUGUCCUGGUUCCUCUCCUAG